CCAUCAUAUGCACGACAGUACCAGGCCAGACCGGCAACGAAACGCUCCCCGAUCGAUCGAUGCUCUAACACGAGCACGCGAGGCGCCUCCGCUCGCUUCCUUCCCAGUUCCCUCCCCCGCCCAGAUCCCGAUCGACCUCGCCGCGAUCCAUGGCGUCGUCGUCGUCGCCGCCGCAGCCGCGGCAGUCGCCACCGCCGUUCGCCGCGCAAAACCCUACCGCGCAGGGCCCUGGCCAUGGCGCCCUCCCCGCGGCAUUCUCCAACCUCCAGAUCUCCCGCGGCGCCGCCCCACCCCCAGGCGCGCCACACGGCCUCACGCCGCAGACCGCCCCGCCCGCCUUCGUCCCCCGGCCGGCACCACUGGCAGCCGCUCGCGCCACCUUCCCCGGCAGCCCGACCGCGCCGCCGUUCGUGCGGGCGCCCACGGCCUCCGCCGCGCUGUCCUUCGGCAGGUCUCCCGCGCCAGCGCCCCAGCAGCCGCCGCCUCCGUUUGGUGGGCCCCCGGGUGCGGUGUCCCAGCUGCCGCCUAAGUUCGGCGGGCCCCCCGGAGCGGUGUCGCAGUCGCUCCCGCCGUUCAGAGGGCCUCCUGCUGCGGCGUCGCAGGCGCCUCCGCCGUUCGGAGGCCCCUCCGCAGCAGCGUCCCAGGCGCCUCCGUUCGGUGGGCCCCCUGGGGCAGGGUCACAGACUCUGCCUUUCGGUGGGCUUGCUGCCAUGGGGUCGCAGCCAGCGCCACCGCUGUUUGGUGGGCCGCGUCCAACAUUCCCCGGACAGCCUGUGGCAUCGGCGGCAGCCUCAUCCCAGCCAAUGCCACCGAGUUUCGGGGCUCCGCAGCAGCCUCCACCGCCGUUCGGUGGGCCGCCCCAGUUUGGGGGUCUGCGGUCAGGUGUUCAACAGUCCUUUGCUGCACAAUCUGCAACAAUUUCACAGCAGCCGCCAUUCAUGGGACCACCCAGGGCUAAUGCACCAGCGUUUGGGCCUCGGUCGUGGCAAUCUCAGGGAGCUGGGUCUGGUGCUAUGCAACCACCUAUAAGAAUGCCAGGCAUUCUUGGUAGCAUGCCGCCAAACACACUAGGACAAGGGGUACCACCUCCUGGCACCCCAACAAUACCGUAUUCUCCUCAUGCUGGAACCCAGGUCUCAACCCCAUCCAAAAUCGAUCCUAAUCAAAUUCCCUGGCCAAUGCCUGAAGCAUCAGUCAUCAUUUAUGAGACUCGUCAAGGUGGCCAAGCAACCAUUCCACCGGCUGCAUCUAGUGAAUUUAUUGUGAAAGACACCGGGAACUGUAGCCCUCGUUUAAUGAGGUGCACUGUGAAUCAGGUACCUUGUACAGGUGAUCUCUUGACAAUGUCGGGCAUGCCUUUAGCUCUGAUGGUUCAACCUUUUUCUCUUCCUCACCCAUCUGAGGAACCUAUUCAGCUUGUGGACUUUGGAGAGAUUGGGCCUAUUCGGUGUUCUCGUUGCAAAGCUUACAUAAAUCCUUUCAUGAGAUUUGUCGAUCAAGGGAGGCAUUUCAUCUGUAAUUUAUGUGGAUUCAGCAAUGAUACACCUAGGGACUACAUGUGCAACUUAGGGCCCGAUGGUAGGCGACGUGAUGCUGAUGACAGGCCUGAGUUAUGUAGAGGAACAGUUGAAUUUGUUGCUACAAAGGAAUUUCUGGUUCGUGAUCCAAUGCCUGCUGUAUAUUUCUUCCUUAUUGAUGUCUCCAUGAAUGCAAUACAAACUGGUGCAACUGCUGCAGCUUGCAGUGCUAUUGCCCAGGCUAUUUCAGAUCUGCCGGAAGGUCCUCGGACAAUGGUUGGAAUUGCCACAUUUGAUUCUGCUAUUCACUUCUACAGUCUUAAACGUUCUCAGCAGCAGCCUUUGAUGCUCAUUGUUCCUGAUGUUCAAGAUGUCUAUAUACCUCUUCAAACGGCUCUUAUUCUCCCAGUUUCUGAGUGCUGGGAGAAUCUGAAGCAGUUGCUGGAAAGCAUCCCGGACAUGUUUGAGAAUAAUAGGGUUGCUGAUUCUGCUUUUGGAGCAGCUAUGAAGGCUGCCUUCCUGGCUAUGAAAUCUACUGGUGGAAAACUUCUUGUUUUCCAAUCAGUGCUGCCAUCACUUGGGGUUGGUUCUUUAUCUGCUAGGGAAGCUGAAGGUAGAGCAAAUAUUACAACUGGUGACAAGGAAGCCCAUAAACUUUUGCAGCCUGUUGACAAUACUCUCAAGACAAUGGCACUAGAAUUUGCUGAGUAUCAGGUCUGUGUGGAUGUAUUCCUCACCACACAAUCCUAUGUUGAUAUUGCUUCGAUAUCUGUUGUGCCCCAUACUACAGGCGGUCGGGUGUACUACUACUAUCCGUUUUCCGCUCUUUCAGAUCCAGCCAAGCUCUUCAACGAUCUCAGAUGGAAUAUAAGUAGACCUCAGGGUUUUGAGGCUGUUAUGCGUGUCAGGUGCAGUCAGGGCCUCCAAGUUCAGGACUAUUUCGGCAAUUUCUGCAAGCGUGUUCCUACUGACAUUGAUCUUCCAGCGAUUGAUUCUGACAAAACUGUGAUGGUCACGUUUAAGCAUGAUGACAAGUUACAGGAAAAUUCGGAAUGUGGCUUCCAGUGUGCACUUCUCUACACUAAUGUAUAUGGGCAAAGAAGGAUCCGAGUCAUAAACCUCUCACUUUCAUGCACAAGUAUGCUUAGCAACCUUUUUCGUUAUGCUGAUCUGGAGACACAGUUCGCAUGCUUCCUGAAGCAAGCUGCUAAUGGCAUCCCGACAUCUCCACUACCCCGUAUUCGGGAGGAAGCGACAAAUACAUGUAUAAAUAUUCUGCAAUCCUACCGCAAGCACUGUGCGUCUGUAAGCUCAUCCGGGCAGUUGAUUCUACCAGAGGCUCUGAAACUCCUGCCUUUAUAUACUUUAGCAUUGACCAAAAGUGUAGGCUUGAGAAACGAUGGGCGAUUAGAUGAUCGUUCCUAUUGGAUGUCUCAUGUCUCCUCAAUUUCUGUACUACUAGCUGUUCCGUUGGUGUUCCCUAGAUUGUUUCCUAUCCAUGAUCUCACAUCAAGGGCUGAUGAUGACUCCCUUAUACCCAGUCCCCUUAUGCUCAAUAGUGAAAAUGUACGAGAGGAUGGGGUCUACUUGUUAGAAAAUGGAGAGGAUGGUCUAAUUUAUGUAGGAAAUAUGGUAGACCCGACGACCCUAGAACAAAUGUUCAGGGUCUCUUCUUUGGCUGCAUUACCAAUCCAGUUGGUGUUGGAGCAAUUUGACAACGAACUCUCGAGGAAGGUCAACGAAGUUGUAAAUGAAAUAAGACGCCAGAGAUGCUCUUACUUGAGGUUAAGACUAUGCAGAAGGGGCGAACCAUCUGGCGAUUAUUUCCGCUCAUUUUUGAUAGAGGACAAGGUGCCUGUCGGCUUUUCCUACGUUGAGUUCCUUGUGCACGUGCACAGGCAAAUUCAAAGCAAGAUGACAUGACGGGGGCUGCACCCUGGUUGUAUUUCGGUUAGUAGGCGUCUUGUAGGUACAACAAAGAAGAGAUUGAUUUCUGCAUAAGGAUACAACAAAGAACUGGACCAUGACGACUCCAGGUCAAUGGGUGAGACAUCAAUUUCGCCCUUUCAGAGGAUAGAACCCCAGGAACUGGGGCCUGCAGUAUUUACAGCACUGUUUUUGGAGCGGGUAGUAUAUGUUGUAUACAGAAAUGAGGGGUGGAGUGCGAGGGUUCUGUUUUUCGUGUUUUCACAAGCAUUGUGCAUCGAUAUUUACCACUUGUGCACAGGGGAUGUAUUAUGUUUAAAGGAAGAUUAUAGA